UGACUUCAGCUGAACAAUGGUUAACAUGAGCGAUCACCAAACUCUACAAAAACACACACAGACCUUGAAUAAAAAACAGCCGCGAAAAAGAAAUACUAAAAAGAAAAGGAACUAUUGGGACAAUAUAUCGCCAACAACACACAUUCAAACUUGACUGACAAGAGACACUUUAAGGUCUGGUGUGCUAGGUGUGUGAGCAUAUCGUAUUGUGUCUGUGGAUAGCGACUGAGUGGUGCGAUGACUGCGGAGUGGCUGUACCCCCCUGGCGUGGGGCCGUUGUGUGGUGCAGAGUUGGAGGCGUGGUAUGAAGACCUACAGGAUAUACUGGGCUCUGACGCGGGUGGUGCCAAACUUACGCGAGCUCCACCUUGCUCCGAGAAAGAACCAGAGUUUUUGGAUGUUUUGGAGAGCUGCUCGCUCACCUGGCUAACCGAGGGGCAGGUAUGGGGAGACGGGGUACAACGGGUCAUAGAGGAAACCCCGACGCCAAUACACCCGCCGACAGCCUGCGAGACUCCACCUAGACCGGAGGAGAGGAGAGGCGGUGAUACGGAGAGCUCGUCCGGAGGAGAUCUUCUGCCCCCGGAGUUCUUCGAGCUCCUCAGCGAGGGAGGCGUCGGCUUGGUCGAAACGGGCGCAGUGAUGGUCACCGGCGGUUACCACGUCCCUCACCAUCAGCCUUCGUCCCCGGCGGCCAGCGAGGAGGAGGAGCUCCCGACGGUUCCCGACACUUCGUCCUGCUCCUCGGCAUCCCAGUCGCCCUCCUUCAACUGUUCCCCGCCCGCCUCUCCUCCCCUGUCACCUCCCGUCAGCGUCUCCUCACGACUGAGCAAAAGGAAGCGAGAGAGCGACAGAGGAGGCGCGCCGGGCUCACCGUCCCCUGGGAAGAAGAGCAGGAGAGAACGCGAGCAGGAGAACGAGAGGAAAGUGCAAGAACUGACGGACCAGAACGAGCGUCUCAAAGCGGAGAUCGAGCGGCUCGGAGAGGAGGUGCAGAGAACCCGUCGGGCGCUCAUCGAGAGACUCGUCAACACCAGGAGGUGAAGCAGGAGCAAAGAAAGACAUUUAGAGAGAAAUGAGAAUAGAGGGGUGGAAGGCAAGUGAACAAUUGGUGGAAAUGUAUCACGCGGUGACCAUGAAAUGCACAUUAAGCACAACCAAAGGAGACUAAAGACACGUGUCACGAGGGGGAGAGAGUUUCAGAGCGUCUCACACAGAGAGAGGAGAGAAAGUCAGAUUAAGCCAUAGGAAAGAAACAAUGUAAGCCAACGUCUCACGAAAAUUUGCCAAAUUUCACUAAAUUCUUUGUUUUUUUAAAUAAAAAAAUUAUAAUAUUUAAAAAAGAUUUUUUUUUUACAUAAAAUGUAAAAAAAACAAAAACAUUUAAUGGUUGUAAAAAAAAAAAAUAGAAUAUAUUUUUCAAAAAAAAAAAAAAAAAAAUUCUUCGAUUGUUAUAUUUUGCCCAAAAAAAUAUAUAUUUUUAAAUAUUUUUCAAAACAUAAAACAAAAUCUUUUUUUUUUUCAAAAUAUAAAAAAAAUUAAAAUCUUUUUUUUGCAAAAAAGAAACUAUAAAAAUCGAAGAUUUUUUUUAAUUUUUUUUUUAUAUAUUCUAUUUAAAUUUUUUUUUACAACCAUUACAAUUUUUUUGCAUUGACACUUUCAUAACAAAGAAGGACAUUUGACACCUUAAUUCUCUUAUUGUGAUCCGUCCAGAUGUUUGAUGGGGAAUCUGCACAAAGACACGAAAUCGAAAGUGUUAUUGAUCAAUACGGUCGCUAAAUACAUUUUUGUAAUAUUAAUAUUAUUGUGACAAGUGUGUUUUUUACUAAUAGUACAAAAAAAUGUAAUGGUUGUAAAAAAAAAAAGAAAAAAAUAUAUUUUGCCAAAAAAAAAAAAAUCGUCGAUUGUUAUAUUUUGUACAAAAAAAAAAAAAAACAUUUUUUUUUGUAUAAAAGAAUAUAAAUAUAAAAAUCGAAGAUUUUUUUUCCCCCUUCAAAAUAUAUUCCAUUUAAAAAAAUAUUUUUUGAUGGGGAAUCUGCACAAAGACACGAAAUCGAAAGUGUUAUUGAUCAAUACGGUCGCUAAAUACAUUUUUGUAAUAUUAAUAUUAUUGCGACAAUAGUGUUUUUUUACUAAUAGUACAAAAAAAAAUUAAUGGUUGUAAAAAAAUAAAUACAAUUUGAAUAUAUUUGGCAAAAAACUUAAAUUCUUCGAUCGUUAUAUUUUGCACCCAAAAAAGUUAUUUUUUUUUAUAUUUUGCGAAAAUUUUUUUUUUUUUCAAAAUAUAUCAAUUUUUUUUGCAUAAAAGUAUAUAAAUAUAAAAAUUGAAGAUUUGUUUUCCCCUUCAAAAUGUAUUAUAUUUAAAAAAAAAUUUUACAACCAUUACAUUUUUGUAACAUUAAUAGGCCUAUUAUUUUGACAAUAGUGUUUUUUUUACUAAAAGUACUAAAAAAAUCUAAAACGAUGCAAUUCUUCACAAUACAAAAAAAUGAUUUCGUAUUUAGAGAAUUUUUUUGAAUUGUUAUGAAAAUAACGUCAAUGCAAAAUCUUAACCGGCUUAAUUUUCGAUUGUUAAUAUUCGAUUUGAAUGUGAAACUGGUCUUUGAGAAGUCUUGGACACAUUUCGUGAGAUUCAUUCGCUAACAUUGUGAAGGAAAGCCGUGUCAAGUCUGAUUAUUUUCCUUUAACGGCAAUAAUUGAAUGAAGUUUCCUAAUGAUUGAAACUGGAUUGUUCGGAUCCUUUAGAAAUGUGUCGGAUACACGAUGUAGGAAAGACACUGAAAUGUGCGAAACACUCAACGGAGACGCGUGAUUGUAUUUGUAAGGAUGAUUGUAGAAGUGCAUUUCACUGUAACUCUUCUGUUUAAGGGCUUUAAACAUGUAAAACACCUCGAGAUGAAUCGCUCAGGACUGUUCCAGAAUGAUUGUGUGAGCGUUUCUCUCUGUAGCUCACGUCAACCGAGGCCUCCAAGUGUGUGUGUGUGUGUGUGUGUGUGUGAAAUUAUGAAUGGAUGUUAGUAGUGAUUUUGUGCUCACUUAUUUCUCUAAAGUUUCUCAGAGUUUGUAGAAUUAGCGGUUUAUAUCAAACCUCAUUGCCUAUUUUUCUACACGUGUAUUACACAUGAGAUCAUGUAAUCAUCACUAUGUGCAUCAUUAAUCUUCUAGUGUAGUUUCCUAAUAAACGUGCAUGCUGGAUUUCAUUUAGAGUAAAUAUGGAAUUGUAUCACACACAUUUUGUUAUUAAAAUGUUGAACUGAA